AGGAAUCCAUCGCAAUAUUCCCCAAGUCAGCAAAGUGAAGUCGGUCCGUCUGGAUGACUGGGAUGAUGCUCAAGUGGAGUUUAUGGCCUCGAAUGGAAACAAUGUAGCAAAAGCAAAAUAUGAAUCUAAAAUGCCACCGUUUUAUUACAAGCCAACGUUUCUUGACUGUCAACUGCUGCGGGAACAAUGGAUCAGAGCCAAAUACGAACGAAAAGAGUUCAUUCACAGCGAGAAGCAGGAGCCUUAUUCUGCAGGGUACCGAGAAGGAUUUCUGUGGAAGAGAGGACGCGACAACGGGCAAUUCUUAAGCCGAAAAUUCGUGUUAUCAGAGAGGGAAGGUGCACUGAAGUACUUCAACAAAAAUGACGCAAAAGAACCCAAAGCAAUUAUGAAGAUUGAACAUCUAAAUGCGACUUUCCAGCCUGCAAAAAUUGGGAACCCACAUGGACUGCAGAUCACUUACUUGAAGGACAAUAGCACAAGGAACAUCUUUGUCUAUCACGAAGAUGGCAAGGAAAUAGUGGAUUGGUUCAACGCCAUCCGGGCAGCACGUUUUCAUUACUUACAAGUGGCAUUCCCUGGAGCCAGCGACGUUGAUCUGGUGCCAAAGCUUUCUAGAAACUACCUGAAGGAAGGGUACAUGGAGAAAACUGGGCCAAAGCAAACAGAGGGAUUCAAGAAGCGAUGGUUCACCAUGGAUGACCGACGGCUCAUGUAUUUCAAAGAUCCCCUGGAUGCCUUUGCUAGAGGGGAAGUUUUUAUUGGGAGCAAGGAAAACAGCUACAAGGUCCUGGAAGGGCUCCCGCCGUCCACGCAAGGAAACCACUGGCAGCACGGGAUAACCAUCGUCACCCCGGAUCGGAAAUUCCUCUUCGCCUGCGAGACGGAGGACGACCAGCUGGAGUGGAUUACGACUUUUCAGAAAGUUAUAAGCCGGCCGAUGCUGCCUCAGGAAUAUGCAGUGGAAGCCCAUUUCAAACAUAAACCUUAGCUGGGACUGGCUGGGCAGACCUGAGGAGUGAGCUUCUGUUUACAACACAAC